AAACUACAGAUCUCAGGAUUCCCAAGCACUGAGCCAUAGCAGUGAAAGUGGUGUCAAACUGCAUUACUUCUGUGGUGUAGAUUGGACCCAUGUCUGUGAAUGCAUUACAUUGUUGAAAUCUGGAUCUAGUUAGUGGUGCCCUUGUCUUGCUAAACAAUUGAAAUCUGGGGGCACCAAAUUGGGUGGAAGAGGCCAGGUACCAAUUCUGAAUCAGGUGAACCAACUGUUUUGAUCCAAUUAUAUGAUAAGGCAGCUAUGUUUCUAGAAACCAUCCUUUAGAGCUAGCCUGCCAAUUAGUCAUAGCACUUUCUGUACUUCUCUCUAAUGUUUUUGCUCUUCUUUCUCUCCUAUAAACACUGUUGCUGUUGUCAUUGCUUUUUCUCAUUCUCCACUCCAUUACCCUCUUGCUUCAUUCAGCAACUCACACACGCAUGGCUUCUUUCCCUAACACUUUCCCCUUCAUUUUUCUCUGGGGUCACUUUUCAGCAUCCUACCUGAAACUAGUGCUAUAUCCCCAGUUAAUGAAAUAGACAUAUUCCUGGAUACUUUAACAGAAAUUUUGGUACCAGAGGCAGAAAUAACAGAAAGAAUAGGGAUAGGUUCCUACCCCAGUUCAACACCGGAGCAGUCCAGCAUCUUUCAGCAAACUUUUUAUUCAGAGCUAACCAUAGACACAUGUGGAAUGAAACAAGCAAGUCUGGAAUGGAGACCCGAAAGCUAAUUACUGCAACAGACAACCAGUAUUCUGGUAUGCUCUUAAAGGCUUUGGAUGAACAACGUGGCCAUGGGCUUUUUUGUGAUGUUACUGUCAUUGUGGAGGACCGGAAAUUUCGAGCCCAUCGAAAUGUCCUCUCAGCCUCAAGCACUUACUUUCAACAGCUCUUCUCCGUGGCAGGAAAAGUGGUUGAAUUGAGCUUUAUCAGAGCAGAGAUUUUUGCUGAAAUUCUCAACUACAUCUACAGCUCCAAAAUAGUCAGGGUGAGAUCAGACUUGCUUGAUGAGUUAAUUAAAUCAGGACAGUUGCUGGGAGUCAAAUUUCUUGCUGAUCUGGGGGCUCCUCUGCAGCAGGUGAAGAACAUGUCUGGUGGUAUUGGGCCCAGCACUUCUGAAAUGCCCUACCCAGAAGCAAACAGCCUUGAAACACAACAGCCUACAACCCAGUCUUUGGGUCAGAAUCUAAUUGCUGAGAAACCUGUUAUAACAGAAUCGUUUUCACUGUAUGGCAAGGAAUGUGACAACACAAAGAUUACUAUUAGUGAUUCUGACGAUGAUGACGAUGUAAUCUUCUGUUCGGAGCUUGCACCUGCAAAGAACCGUCUUCUAGAGCCCAAAGCGGCAACACAGAGCCAGCCUUGCUCAAUCCCUGGAGGAGCCUCUGAGCAAACAAACUGUAGCAGUAGUACUUUGCCACCUCAGUCAGCUGCAGUUACAGCGUCAAGGCUCGACUCAUCCACUGCUCAGCCAAACCCAACUGAAAGCCAAACGCCUGCAGAAGUGACUGCCCCCUCUGCUCCUCAAGCUGAAACUCCUAACGUUCUUACGUUAAAUCCAUCACAGAUUAGCGCUUCACCGGAUGUUAGUUCAUCACACGAAAUAGAGGUAUCUCCUAUACCCGAGGAGAAUCAACAGCCAUCUAAUAGUGAUUCUUUGACAGACAUGGAAACCAAUGCCAUUGAUGAAGAGGAAGAGGACGAUGCAGAUGUGGAAGACGAUGAUGACAUCCUUGGUUCAUCCAGCCCAGGUUCAGCAAGCAGCAGUUCUUUGGUCCAGCAACCCACUACCCCUAAGCCGAUUAUUGCUGCUGCUACUACUGCUGCUGCUACUGCUGCUACUGCUGCUACUACUGUUGCUGCUGCUCCUAUUACUUCUGCCAUUGCCACUACAACUGACAGCACAACGGUUCAGAAGAAGCAGUUGGCCAGCUUUCUGCAAAACGCAGUCCCCCAACCUAGUGAGUUCAAAAUAAAAAUUUCAAACGUUCUUUCAGGGAGCCAAAAGGAUGCUUCGGCAAGUGUUGCACCCAAGCACAUAACCGAAGGCCAGAAGACCAUCACUUUAGAUACAGCUACUGAAAUAGAAAGCUUGUCAACAGGUUGCAAGGUGUAUGCAAAUAUCGGUGAAGAUACCUAUGACAUUGUCAUUCCAGUGAAAGAUGAGGCUGAUGGAGAAGUUCGGCUGGAUGACUUGCCCAGAACAUCAGGAGAUGAUUCUGCCAACAGGAAACGACUUAAAGUAAAGCAUGAUGAUCACUAUGAGCUCAUAAUGGAUGGAAAAGUUUAUUACAUCUGUAUUGUGUGCCGGCGGUCCUAUGUUUGUCUUACAAGUUUGCGGAGACACUUUAAUGUUCAUUCCUGGGAGAAGAAAUAUCCCUGCCGUUACUGUGAAAAGGUUUUCCCUCUUGCUGAAUACCGCACCAAACAUGAAAUACACCACACUGGGGAGAGAAGGUACCAGUGCUUGGCUUGUGGUCAGUGUUUCAUCAACUAUCAGGUCAUGGCUACACACAUAAGGUCUGUUCAUAGCCAGGAUCCUUCUGGAGAGUCCAAGCUCUAUCGUUUGCAUCCUUGUAGGUCUUUGCAGAUCAGAAAUUAUGCAUAUAUUUCAGGUAAUUCCAGCAACGUACCCAUGGGGAAUGACAAUACUCUAAUUUAUCCAGCUGCUCCUGUAAAAGAAGCUCCUCAGGAACCGGCCCCUAACCCUUCAACAAAGCCAAUGACAUGGGAUGAUAUCUUUGUUCCGCAGGCAAAUGAAUCUCUCUUUAAACAAAACCCAUCUGACGGCAGUACUGAAUUUGAGUUUGUGAUACCAGAAUCUUACUGAAAUGAUUUAAAAUGGAAGCAUUUCUGUUUUAUAUAAAAAAAAGAAAAAGCAAAGAAAAAUCUUCUUAAAUGGGCUGCUCAGAAAAGUUGUAGGACAUCUCAUGUUAUAUAACAAGUCAGUGUGUUUUUUACCUAGCCAGCAAAAGUUAGUAUUUUAAGACUAGAAUACCUGUAAUCUUUGCAUGAUCUUGUGAAAAAAGAUUGGGCAGGGGCAGAAUAACUUUACUUGAAUUCAGGCAAAGUCAUUUAGGAAUGUUCAGUGCAUUUGGCUCAUCAGUACUGAUCAAAUCUGGAACAUUGUUGUGUGAGAAAACUUGUUUUCUUUCCAACCGUAGGAAAGGCCCCCAGCAAAACGUAGAAUAAUGGGAAUAUUUCUUGCCACUUGAACCACUUACUGUGUAAUCCUUUUGUUCAUAUUAGCACUUUAAAGCUGAAAAUGGUUUCUUUGUUAACGUCUGAGAGUACAAAAGGGCAGUCAGGAUAGGUUUCUGGGCAUAGUUUAAGAUUUUUUUGUUUUGUAUGCUCUUUACCUUUGUAUUGUAGCCCAGUGCUGUGUGGAUCCAGUCGUUUCAUCCAUAAAUCAUGCUAUGUUUGGAGCUGCAUCCUAAUUUCAUUAAAAAAAAAUAUAUCACCAAGAUGCUCAAGGUGAAUGUUAGCCAUCUUGGAGGAGAAACGAGAUCCUCUGAGGGAAACUGAAGUUUUAUUUAUGUUUAGUAGUUAACGUUAUCCGGUGGCUGGACCAUUGUGUUUUAUAUUUUGGCACGGGAAGGGGUUUCUGUCGAUCAAAAAGUCAAGUGACACUGAAAACAACAACAACAACAACCACCUGCCCAUGGUUUUUCCUCAUGCUGAUAAAUUAUGUUGGACCCUCUCUCUUCUGGAAAUAUCUUGAUGUGGGGUUUUUGUUUUGCCUUUUUACUUGUUAUAGUAAAAGGUUGUGGCUGAUACAGUUUGACAGUUUUUUUAUGGCUGAAGGAUGCACAAGCUGCUUCCCAAAGCUACAUGCAAAUGAUGCUUUUGCUUCCUGAACAUAUUUUUAGUUUUUACAAGGUUCAAUUAAACAUCUUCAUGGGGGUUUUAUGGCAUAAACAUAUCAGGCCCCAUGUGGUCUGUUCUCCCACCCUGCUCUUUUUCCCCCUUGCAGAUUGGUACACAUGUUGUAGUGUUUUGGUAAUAGCAGGAGUACAGAGUGAGCAAGGAAUGCUGAUCCUGAAAGUUCAGCAGUCAUGUAGCUUGUUGCUUUAUGUCACGUGAACUCAAAUUUUGUAAAUUACUAUGUGGGAAUUAUUGAGGCGGCUUGUGAUUUCUUUCCAUCAUUUUGGGAAUUUUUUUUUACAGAGACAUUUUCCACAGUAAACAUCUGUUUCAUAUUGAAAACAAUAAUCCCUAGACCUUAAUUUUUAGUCUGUCAGUUUAAAAACCAAUGUUUUAUAGCUAGAAAUGGAAGUUCUAUUAAAGAGUAAAUGACCGAACUGUAACAAGCCAUGAUGGAAGAGCAUCAGAAAUCAGUGUGUGCAGUAACGAGAGGGAGAAAUAUUAAUCUGUGUUGGUGUAAAAUGCAGCUCUUCUGUUCUCUAGGCUGAGAAUAAACUUGUUUAGAGGUGGAGUUUAUAAUAGUAGUUUUGUAAACCAUGUUUUGAAAUUGGCACUUCAGAUUUAAGUCCAUGAUUUUGGUGGUUUUAAAAAAAAUACAUAUAAUGCCAGUUGUGUAUGCAGUCGGGUACAAAACACAUGAUGUAGUGAGUAUUGCUAAGUUUCACUGAUGUUUUAGCAGCUCUAUCAAGACCUUUCUUUUUUUCUUAAAACAACACGGAGUUUGCCCACAGCUAAAGAAGUUACUUUGUGCGAAGUGAAGAUGGCCUGCCAUUUGUUAGAAAGCAAGUUGGUGUAUGCUAUAGCAGACGUUAAAUCUGGAGUUAAUAUAUGCUCUUGUUCCAGACCAUAAUGGUUCCAGAUACUUUUAAAAAUGUAAAACCAGUGCCUAUUGAAGGUGUCCUCCCCUCCUCCUUUGAUAAAAUGUAAAGGAAGACUGGAAGAUUAGGGUUCAAAGCUGCGUGGAUUUGCUAGAAGACUUGUACUUGCAUACCUCUCAGGUCCCUAGCUUUGCCUAGGAAGAAAGUUUCAAUAUCCAAAGUUAAAGAGUUCUUAUAAAAUGUGUUUAUAUUUUUGAAAUCCUUGCUUCCAGUAUUUAUGGGGGUUGAAAUAAGCUUGACCCUCUGUAUCUUAACUUUUUGAAUGACACCAUAUUGUUUUUUAUAAAUAGCAUCUGGCUGUUACUUUUUAUAGGAGCUUUUUUAAAACCUUAGUUUUCAGUCUCGCCUUUCUAUAGAUGUUAAGGUGGGAGGAAAGUGUUUCUCGGUAUGCUACUGCAACUAAAAUGCAUUUGUGCUUAAGAGAGAAAUGUUACGUACUUCUGGCAGAAAUUCCAUAGUAAAUCUACACCCCAGGUUAAAAGAAUAGUCGUAAUCGGCAGGGAUCAUCUUGGUCCAUUACGGUGGCAUACGUGGCAGCAGGAGGACAACCGUGGAAUCUGUCUGUUAGGAAUUAAAGUUGCCCUGCCAGCGCCCGAGUUUUCACCACUGUCCCUCUGCUGUUGCAGUGCCUUUGGUACUAGUACCUCAGCCCCAUCUCCUCCGGUGACAUUGGCAGUCAGUAGGAUCUUGGCCAGUGUCUUGACAUGAUAGUUCCACACAAGUCCUACUUAGAAUUAAGUGUCUUUCAUUUCAAAUGAACUUCUUCCAAGGGUGUUCUGGUGCUUUAUGCAUUGCUUCAGACUGCAUUCAUAAUAUGGAAUUCUUCCAUCUUGAAGAGUUUUCUUGCAUGAAGUGGGCCAGCACAUCAGAGAGAAACAUUUAGCAUACCCCUUUUGGUGCUGAUUUAUUUCUAGCACAGAGAGAGGACACCCUUACCUACCUGCAGACUUGCAAAUUUACCUGAAGAAGCGUGCCACUUCAUCCUGUAUAAUGUGUACAAGCAGCGUUUAGUCCUAACUAAAUGUAUUAGGGAGGGACUGUAACUUCUCCUUAAUGGUUUCUUUUAAGAAUUCAUACCACAGCAUUCCAGUGUAUGAGUAUAACAGAGAAAAUCAAUGCAUUGCUUAUUUCCUACUAAAGCAUAAAACAUAUUUAAAAGAUGCAAAAGCGGUUUAAUAGCUCAGUGGGUCUUACCGAGCUAUUACUCUUUUUUUUGGGGGGGGGGGAGGAAGAAAUCAAGACAGUACUGUAAUGUAUAUAAUUUGUACAGUCUUUUCGUUAACAUACCUUUGGGGAAUUGUGUUUUGCUUUUCUUUAACCAAUACUUGACCUUUAGUUCUUAGAGCUUUGUAUGGCAAAAAUAAAAGCUUUUAAUUCUA